AAUAGCGUAUCGCACGCCGAACGCGGCGAUUGGUCGAUCGCGUCUGCCAAUCCCACGCGACUACGACUACAUAUUUGUGAACGCACCUCAAUCAUGCCUCAAUACAUAACACGACUGAAGACUUGCGUCCUACAGUGUUCACAGCUGUUUCGCGUCACGCAGUCCUAAUUUGCUUUUUCGUCUGUUACGUUUCUGUUACGAUUUUGUGAGAAAACUACGCUACAAUGAGCGACGAAGGAUUUGAUCCGUGCGAAUGUAUGUGGAAUCACAGAUCUAUGCAGCAUCUACUUUCUAUCUUACGACAAUCGCAAAAUUAUUGCUCGGAUAUCGAAUGCUUCAGCGUGUCGAGAAUUCCAGGACCGCAGCAGAACAUUCAGGAAUCUUCAGAUUUCCUUUUUACUUGUUUAAUUAUUGGCUUUGUUGUUUUCUUAUAUGCAUUUAGACCGAGAUCCUUGCGACAAUCAAAUAGAAAUAUCAUCAAGAGCAACAAUGAGCCCAGUUCACGUGGCGAUCCACCUUCACCACCGACGAAUUAAGAAAUGCAGUAUUAUGAUAUUGAUGGGAUCUAUGUUAAUAAUAGAGGAAGAUAUGGUGAACACGUUAUUACAUCACAAGUGUUGUAAUAUAUGCGAGAUAUAUAUAAACUGUAUUUCUUAAGAUAUAACUCCCUAUAUGUACACGAUAAUUUUAUACAAUGUAAAACAUUUUUCUCUCUUUUAAAAUUUUCUCUCUAGCUAUACAUAAUUAUCAUGUGCCUGGAUCAAUAUAUAUAAUAUGAAUAUA